UGCAUGUGGACAUGGUUGACAGUCAUGGCCAAAUGACUAUAACAGUAAAUAUCAACAACAAGUUGAUUGAUAUGUUCCUUUCACAACUAUUGCCUGGUGCUAGUGUUUGUCUAACAAACUUCAUAAUAAAAAAGAAAAGCCAAUACAAAAGAGGUGAUGUUGAUUAUUGUCUCCAGUUAAAUACAAAAACAACAAUUGAAUGCAUUGGAAAAGUCUACAAACAAUGCAAGCUAACACCACACAGAACUAUAGCACAACUCAUUGAUUCACCUAACACUUACUCAAUUGGUUCAUUGGCUAUUCUUGUUGCUGGUUAUACUGAGGCACCAACAAAAUAUCAAUUACUGGUUAAAGAUGGUGAAUCUGCCUCUGACACAGCCACUCUCACAGUGCCAAAAAACCACUCGGAUGUAUAUGCCACUCUACGACAACUUCUUCCUACAACAACAUCGCCCCUCUUAUUAUUCAAGAACAUUGUACGCAAUGGCACCUGUGGAACACACCUGUUAAAGUCAAUGUUGUCAACUUUUGUUGAUGAACUCAAUGAUGACUGCAACAAAGCUUCUCUGCAAAAUCUAGCUUCAUCCAACAUUCAGGUACUUAUUUUAAACAAUUUAUAUUACACCACAACUUUGCCUACUCCCUAAAUUACACAUAUUCCUC